CAGCAAUUACCCUCUCCUUAUAUUUUCUCACACUUCGCUUCCUUAACUUCUCAAAGCUCUGGUCAGCUGGUCUAUCUAAUCUCGAGUCGCGAAGCAGAAACGGCAAGAUGAGUCGCGGGGCGGUAGCUGGAGCUAAGGGGAAGAAGAAGGGAGCGGCUUUUGUAAUUGACUGUGCGAAGCCAGUGGAAGAUAAGAUCAUGGACAUCGCUUCCCUGGAAAAGUUCCUGCAGGAGAGGAUCAAGGUUGGUGGCAAGGCCGGUGCCCUUGGUGACACUGUCACCGUCACUCGGGACAAGACUAAGAUCACCGUUACCUCUGACAGCAACUUCUCUAAAAGGUAUCUUAAGUACUUGACCAAGAAAUAUUUGAAGAAACACAAUGUGCGGGAUUGGCUUCGGGUGAUUGCUUCCAACAAGGACAGGAACGUUUAUGAACUUCGGUACUUCAACAUUGCUGAGAAUGAGGGAGAAGAGGAAGAUUGAGUACCCCAAUCAAGUAUUUCAUAUGUUUUAAUUUGCUUAUCUUAGAGCCUCAUUAUCUAUAUCAUCUGUUGGAUCUGUACUUGUUGGAGUGGUUUUGUUGAAAUUUUGGCUACUUAUAAUUGAGUAUCUCCUUUUUAUGUUGAGAUGUUAUUAAUACCAUGCAAUGCAAAUUACGUCCUCCAGUUUGGUUAUAGA